CAUUCUAAUUUCUCAACAUUUCUGUCUCGAUCCUCUGUGAAAAUCCAAUCAUCUCUCAAUCACAAUUAUUCGAAUUACUACUAUCGUAUCUCGAUCCUCUUCGAUUUCUAACAUUUUUUCGAUUGAUUUGCUUAAUUCAAAAUUUCCUAUGGAUCGAUCUUAAUUUGAUAUUUUUCUGCAUCAGUUUUUCAAUUCUAUGAUUGAACAAUUGAUUGCAUAUUUGAAUGUUCUACAGUGAAGAUGAGAAUAGAUCUGUUUAUACAAUUAAUCUGAGUCAAGGAAGAGUAUCAAUUUGCAGCUUCUUCUUCAGGAUGGUGCCACAAAGAAAAUCCUGUUCCAGUUUCAAUGUAUAACAUAGAAAUUGGAGAAAGCAUUGGAUAACUUGCCUUAUGAUGAUUUUAACAUAUCAGAAGAAGUGCUAGAGCAGAUAAGUAUUUGCCAUUGAGCAUCUUUAUAGUGUUAUUUGAACUUGAUUCAUGUCUAAACAUGAUCCUGUCACCAGGUUGAAUUAGUCCGGUCACAGUUGAGAUGAGCCGCUGAAAGAUACGGCCGCCCUCUAAGCUCAAGCUUAUCUCAGCCAUCGGAUAAGGAGAUACAUGUAGAAAAAACCAUUAACUUUGACCACCGGAUCGGAUUUGUAUAUGAAACUGAGAUGUAUUGGAUUUAUAUAGGUCUUGUCAGAUUACUAUAUGUUGUUAAUAAAGAUUUGUUAUUGUGCAAAGCUGAAUAUAUAUAUUGAUAAAUUGAGGUAUUUCUUACAAAAUUUCAAGCAGGUAUAUGUUUUAUAAUUAGGGGUUUUUGUGAUGAAAAAUAAGAUUAUUUGUGAGGAUUUUUUUCCUUAGAAUUAGAGGGUUUUUGUAAUGAAAAAUAAGACAAUUUGUGAGGAAAUUUUUUCUUGCAUAAACAUGACACUCUAAUGUGAGGAAAUUAAGCUUUCUCACAUAAUACUAUAUGUGAGGACCCUAUCGUGACGACUCUGUGACGAAUUUUUUUUCCUCACAUAAAGUCUUUUGUGAUGAAAAUAUGUCCUUUUGUAACGAUGUGGAAGCUUCUGGCCAAGCAUUCCGGCGGGCAGCUGGUGCCCGAUGUGGUGGUGGCCAAGGACGGCAGCGGCAAGUUCAAGACCAUCAGCGAAGCUCUCAAUGCUUACCCGCCCAAAUUCAAGGGCAGAUUCGUCAUCCACGUCAAGGCCGGCGUCUACAACGAGCAGGUCAUCGUGGACAAGAAGAAGCCUAAUGUCUUCAUCUACGGAGACGGCAUUGCCAAGACCAUUGUGACGGGCAGCAAGAACUACGGCAUCAUGAACAUCGGAACAAUGCACACCGCUACAUUCGCAAACGAGGCCUCCGGAUUCAUUGCGCGGGGAAUGAGCUUCCGCAACGAGGCCGGGCCGCAGGGGCACCAAGCGGUGGCGUUCCGGUCGCAGGGGGACAAGACGGCGUUGUUCGACUGCAGCUUCGAGGGGUCGCAGGACACUCUGUACUACCAGAACCUGAAGCAGUUCUACCGCAACUGCCGCAUCUACGGCACCGUGGACUUCAUCUUCGGCAAGGGCGACUGCAUCAUCCAGGACAGCCAGAUCAUCGUCAGGAAGCCCCUCCCCAACCAGUUUAACACUGUCACUGCCGACGGCAGGGAGAUCAAGCGCGGCAGCAACGGCCUCGUCCUCCACCACUGCUCCAUCGUCCCCGACGACUAUCUGUGGCCGGUCAGGUUCCAGAUCCCCACCUUCCUCGGCCGCCCCUGGAAGCCCGAGGCGCUCACCGUCGUCAUGCAGAGCACUCUCGGGGACUUCAUCAGGCCCGAGGGCUGGAAGAUUUGGGACGGCUCCACCAACCACCACACCUGCACCAUGUAUGAGCACGGAAACACCGGCCCCGGAGCCAAUACCAAUCGCCGCACCAAGGAAUUCAAGCGUUUCAAGGUCAUUAGCGCCGCUGAAGCUGCCAAAUUCACCGUCGGCCACUUCCUCGCCGCCGGAGAAUGGCUGCCGCAGACCGGCGUCCCUGUGCAGAUGGGCUUGUAUUGAUAUUGGGAUACUUUAUCAAUGCAAUCUUGCUUCUAACUACCUAA